AUGGAUUUCCAUCUCUCUCUUUCUUCCAUCACUAUCAUCCUAUUCCUCUCCUUCUUCUUAACAAUACUACCGCCGUCUUACUGCGACGAAGAUGAUCCUUUUGAGGUCUGCAACCGUACAUAUAACUGUGGUGGCGUCAACAUUCCGUUCCCUUUCUGGGGAGGUACCCGACCUAAAUAUUGCGGAGUUCAUCCAGGGUACAACCUCAGCUGCCUCAGCAAUGAAUACCCGGUUAUCGAAAUUGAAGGAAUAGAAUUCGGCGUUCUAGACAUCGCCACAUCUUCUCGAACCUUUACCGUUGCAAGGUCGGACCUUUGGUAUGGUCCUUGUCCUCCACAUCCGGAGUUCAGAAAUACAACCUUGAAUUACACUUUGUUUGAUUACGCUUCAACCAAUCAAAACAUAACUAUAUUAUACGGCUGUCCUCCUCAAAACGACGACAUACCAGUCCGAAAUAGAUUUAAUUGCAGCCCAGAAGUUGGUGAUGGGAAAGUCAAUGCUUACUUCAUAGACGAAUACCUCCCGAACAACCAACUUGAAGCACUUACAAGGGAUUGCGACAACAAUAUCCAGGUUCCGAUUCUCCGGACUAGUGCUACUGCUCUUCGUGCAGACGCUCAGGGUGGAGCCCCGGCUGUUGAAAAGGCAACGGAUAAAGGUUUUGAGGUGGAAUAUUACAGCAAUGCAUUGGGGAUUGCCUGUCGGGCGUGUGAGGCAACAGGUGGGGUAUGCGGUUCUAAUUCCACCGGCCAGUUUCUCUGCCAUUGCCGUGACCAACGGCAAUCUAAUGAUACAUGUCCGAUUCCAACGAACGAAAAAUGGAAUUGGCGAGUGAAGAUUGGUAUAGGUUUUGGCGCUGCUACUGGAACCGUGGCUAUAAUGUUGGUCAUUUUCUUUUUCUAUCAACGCCGCAACAAGAAGAAAUAUGGUCCCUCAUCCUAUGUCUCCCGAAGCAUCUCUUCUUAUCCUUCUUCUAUGACAGAUCGUGAAAUGGGAAUUAGUAACUACUUUGGAGCUCCUCUCUUCAACUACAGUGAACUUGAAGAAGCCACUAAAAAUUUUGAUUCCUCCAAAGAACUUGGAGAGGGAGGCUUUGGCACCGUAUACUAUGGCAAACUUCGAGAUGGGCGUGAAGUUGCAGUCAAGCGCUUAUAUGAAAACAACUGCAGGAGAGUUGAGCAAUUCAUGAAUGAAAUUGUGAUCCUUACUCGCUUACGCCACCAAAAUCUCGUCCAACUUUAUGGGUGCACCUCCCGUCACAGCCGCGAACUCGUUCUUGUUUAUGAAUACAUUCCUAAUGGCACCAUUGCUGAUCAUCUUCAUGGCGAAAAAGCAAAACCUGGUGCACUGCGAUGGCCAACUCGAAUGAAGAUUGCCUUAGAGACUGCAAGUGCUUUGACAUAUCUCCAUGCUUCUGAUAUCAUCCACCGUGAUGUGAAAACAAACAAUAUUCUUCUUGACAACAAUUUUUGUGUGAAAGUCGCAGAUUUUGGACUGUCUCGCCUUUUUCCAACCGAUGUCUCCCAUGUUUCAACUGCUCCACAAGGGACUCCUGGUUAUGUCGAUCCAGAGUACCACGAAUGCUACCAGCUUAAUGACAAGAGCGAUGUCUUUAGCUUCGGGGUAGUCUUGAUCGAGCUUAUAUCAUCCAUGCCUGCUGUUGACAUCACAAGGCAUCGACACGAAAUCAAUUUGUCCACCAUGGCUAUCAACAAGAUUCAAAACCACACAUUGCAUGAGCUUGUAGACAAAUCUCUUGGAUUUCAAUCAGACUACAGGGUGCAGAGAAUGAUUACUGCAGUGGCGGAGUUGGCAUUUCAGUGUCUGCAAUAUGUUAAAGACGUGAGACCAUCGAUGGGGGAAGUGCUGGAAGCACUACAGGAUAUACAAAAUAAGGAUUACAGUAAAGAUGAGGCAGAGGAGAUGGGCAAAGCAGCAGAUGAUGUUGGAUUGUUGAAGAGGGAUUCACUGCCACUUUCUCCUGAUUCUGCUCUAAAUUGGAUCAGCACUUCUACAACAUCAACUAGCAGUAGUUAAAAGUCGUCAUCCUUUUUCAUCAUAUGCCAAAACUACUAAACAUCCGUAGUUUGAGUGAGAAUACGAGUUGUACAUAUCAUGUCAGAGCUGUUAUGGGUUCACUUAGGUACAUGUCUUGUUCGGUUUACUUUUUUUGAUUGAUUUAUCCUCCUUUUCAUUAAAUAAAAGUUCAAAUUACA